AUGCACUACAUACGCCUUCUCGCACCGCCCAAGUUGGCGAUCAGCGGCUCCAAGGCUCGACUAGACCUCGUCAUCACAAUAAAUACGGACCUGAGCGACUCGCUUCUGUUUGUGCAAGACUCUCUCGAAAUAAUCAUUACGGCUGAAGUGGCGUCCUCCUCUGGCAAGACGACAUGGGCUCUCACUGGACGUAACGAGUUGGUCUGGAAGCCAGGCAUGAGAAUUCUCAAGCCAAGCCUCAAUCUUCCCUUACAAUUUAUCAAGGCGUUGGCGGCCUCUUCCAAGACUGAAAUAUGUAUUAGUGCUAAGCCAGCACUUUCAGCGACGGGGGUGCAGAGCAUACUCAUGGAUUCAAUCAACUCUGCCCAGGACGAGUUUGGAGGAGGAUUAAUCAUGCCUGUAUGGGCGGAAGUACGCGCAAAAGGGCAUAGCGACGACCAUAUUUGUACGCGAAGACUAUAUUUCAGCGGCGAAAAUGAAGGAGGAGAGUUUCUCGAGAUAGAGGAAGAGCUAGGCAAAAGUUACGCCUCGAAUCAAGGGGUGACCAUGACCGCCAUGCGAGACAUAUUGUGCACUGCCAGCGAAUUAAACAUUCUGGAGCUUGGUUGCGGCGUCGGCACAUUGGGCACUGGUCUCUUCGCUGCGCUCCGACAUAUGCGGCCGGCUGGGUCUGGAGGUUGUACCGUCUUGCUGACCGACUUGGAAGAUGCAGAGGCCCGGGCAAGCCGUAAUAUUUCUCGCCUGCAAGAGAGUGCGCACAUGACUGGAGAAGACACCGCUCAACUGUUGUAUGAGAACCUGGACUGGGAGGAUGGCAGGGAAGGCCGCUUCGGGCCGCAAGUCCAAGCCAGGCGUUGGGAUCUAAUCGUGUUAAGCGACUGCACCUACAACGAAGAUGGGCUUCUCUCCUUGGUUGAAACACUGUCGGCCUUGCACGCUUCUAAUGUGAACAAGGCCACGGGGGAGUCAUUCACGACCAAGGUCUUUGUUGGGACGAAGCCUCGGCACUCUUCUGAGAAUGCAGUAUUUGGCCUUCUUGAUCAAGCGGGCUGGCAAAUGCAGGCGAAACAAGUAUUGCCACUCCCUGUCCUAGGAUCGGAGGCUCAAACGGUCGAAAUGUACCUGUUUGAGAAGUCAUGA